AUGGGUAGUAAGAGGCUCCUUUCGGUGCCCGCCGUCCUCUGCCUCGUCCUCACCAUCUUCAUCGCCGUCGCCGCCACCGGCCUCCUGGUCGGCCUCGCGACGCGCUCUUGCUCCGGCAACCCCGACCCGCCUUCCGACCCGUGGCGUCGACCGCGCCUCCCGGCGGCCGUCGCGCCGCUGCGCUACGCCGUCCACCUCUACCCGAACCUCGACGACGACCGUUACUACGGCAACGUCGACGUCGACUUCCGCGCCGACGAGGCGACGCGGCACGUCGUGCUGCACGCGCAGUACGUCGCCGUCUCCCAGGUGGCGCUGCGCACGAGCGGCGGCGAUGACGUCGCGGUCGCUCGAAGCUUCCUCUACGAAGAGAACCAGUACUUCGUCGUGGAGAGCGAGGUGGAGCUGGCGGCGGGGGCAGAGUACAGACUGUCGCUCACGUACGAGGGGGAUCUCCUGCUGAACAUCGUCGGCAUCUACAAGAGCACUUACGCGGCGGCCGACGGCACGCUGAGGUGA